AUGGCGUCCAGCGGCAACCCCUCCAACACCAUUAAGGUGGUUGCGAGAUUUCGACCUCAAAACAAGGUUGAGCUUGGAUCCGGAGGACAGCCCAUCGUUGAUUUUGAAAACGAAGAAACAUGUGCUAUCAACUCAAGGGAGGCCUCCGGGUCGUUUACAUUCGAUCGUGUGUUUCCGAUGGAUUCGAUGCAAAACGAUGUCUUCAACUUCUCGAUUGCACCUACCGUUGACGAUAUCCUGAAUGGUUACAAUGGAACGGUCUUCGCUUACGGUCAGACCGGUGCAGGAAAGUCGUAUACUAUGAUGGGAUCGGAUAUUGAUGAUGAAGUGGGGAAGGGUAUCAUUCCACGUAUCGUCGAGCAGAUCUUCGCUAGCAUCCUUACGAGUCCGAGCAACAUCGAAUAUACCGUCCGGGUGAGCUACAUGGAAAUUUACAUGGAGCGUAUUCGCGAUCUUUUGGUGCCACAUAACGAUAAUCUUCCGGUGCACGAGGAGAAGUCAAGAGGUGUUUACGUCAAAGGGCUUCUUGAAGUCUAUGUCUCUAGUGUGCAGGAGGUUUACGAGGUUAUGCGACGUGGUGGAAACUCAAGAGCGGUUGCUGCGACCAACAUGAACCAGGAAUCGUCCCGAUCACAUUCUAUCUUUGUUAUUACUGUUACCCAGAAGAACCUGGAAACUGGAUCUGCGAAGAGUGGUCAGCUGUUCUUGGUUGAUUUGGCAGGUAGUGAAAAGGUCGGCAAAACCGGAGCCAGCGGUCAGACACUCGAGGAAGCGAAGAAGAUCAACAAGAGUUUGAGUGCUCUCGGAAUGGUUAUCAACGCGCUCACGGACGGGAAAUCGACCCAUAUUCCGUACCGUGACUCUAAACUUACCCGAAUCUUGCAGGAAAGUUUGGGAGGUAACUCCCGAACGACCCUGAUUAUCAACUGUUCUCCCAGCAGCUACAACGAUGCUGAAACUGUCUCGACACUCCGGUUCGGUGUUCGGGCGAAGGCAAUCAAGAACAAGGCGAAGGUCAAUGCCGAAUUGAGCCCUGCAGAACUGAAGCAGUUGCUUCGCAAAGCCCAGAGCCAGGUGACAAGCUUCGAAACCUACAUAUCGGCGCUAGAAUCUGAAGUUACUGUAUGGCGAAGUGGUGACGCAGUUCCUAAGGAUAGGUGGACGCCUGGUAGAGGCGUCGAGGCUGUGAGUGCUGCAAAAGCCGAAGCUCGUGCUCCACGCCCGAGUACUCCCUCCCGUCUACAGGACGUCUCUCGAUCUGAAACUCCCCGGCCCGAUUCCCGCCUAGGUGAACGCUCCAGCACACCUAGCAUCAUUCUUGAAAAGGACGAGAGGGAAGAAUUCCUCAGGCGCGAGAACGAACUUCAGGAUCAGAUCGCCGAGAAGGAAUCCCAUAUUGUCAACGUUGAAAGGGGCCUGCGUGAGGCACGGGAGGAGUUGAGAGGCCUCAAGGAGAACUCCGCCCGAUCAGGGAAGGAUAAUGACAAGCUUAACACGGAGGUCAAUGAGCUUCGAAUGCAGCUCGAGAAGGUGUCCUACGAAAGUAAAGAGGCUGCCAUCACCAUGGACAGCCUGCGUGAGGCAAACUCAGAGUUGACUACAGAGCUAGACGAAGUGAAGCAACAACUUCUAGACGUCAGAAUGAAAGCAAAAGAAACCACUGCAGCUCUUGAUGAAAAGGAGAAGAAGAAGGCCGAAAAGAUGGCCAAGAUGAUGGCCGGAUUUGAUCUCGGCGGAGAAGUGUUUUCCGAUAACGAGCGCAAGCUGCAAGACCUUAUACAACGCGUCGACUCGUUGCACCAAGUCAGUGAAACUGGCGAGGUCGUUGCUCCAGACGACAUUCUAGAACUCCGCGCCAGUCUCCUGGAGACGCAAGGGUUCAUCCGACAGGCAGAACUUACAAUGAACGACCGGAGUGAACUGAACGUGCUGCAGGACAGCCGCAGGGUGGAGCUCGAGCAGAAGCUGGCGAGUCUCGAGCAGGACUAUGAGGGUCUCCUAGCCCGCAACCUAGGGGAGGAAGAUCUGGUGGAACUUAAGGAGCGAUUAGAAAAGGUGUAUAUAACCAGGAAGGAUGCCGAAUUGGCCGCUGCAUCAGAGCUGCAGCAGGAACUGUCACGCAAGGAUGAGGAGCUCACGAAACUGCAGAGCUCCCUUGUAGAUUCGCAAUCACGAGGCUCGACUAACGGCGCUGCGAGCAAGAGCCUGCAGCAGCAAAUUGCCGAGUUUGACGCGAUGAAGAAGUCCUUGAUGCGCGACUUGCAAAACCGCUGCGAACGCGUGGUGGAGCUUGAGAUAUCUCUUGAUGACGCCAGGGAGCAGUACAACAACGUGCUCCGCUCAUCAAACAACCGGGCUCAGCAGAAGAAGAUGGCGUUCCUCGAGCGCAACCUCGAGCAACUUACCCACGUCCAAAGGCAGCUCGUGGAGCAAAACAGCAGCCUGAAGAAGGAGGUCGCGAUCGCAGAGCGCAAGCUCAUCGCGAGAAAUGAGCGGAUAGCGAGCUUGGAAGCCCUGCUCCAGGAGAGCCAGGAGAAGCUCACCCAAGCUAACCAUCGUUUCGAAGCCCAGCUCACAGCCGUCAAAGAGCGUCUCGAGGCCGCCAAGCAAGGCUCGACGAAAGGCCUCCCAAGCAUGGACAGCAACGGCGGGUUCAGUUUCACGGGCUCCAGGAUCGCAAAACCCCUCCGCGGUGGCGGGGGAGGCAAUGAGCCCGUCGCAGCCGUUCAGUCCCAGGAUACAGGGAAGCGCACAAGUUGGUUUUUUGAUAGACGAUGA